GCAACGGCAAGUGGACAUACUGUCGCCACGUUGCGCGUCACAAAUCCACAACUCUUCCGCUCCGCCUCUGUUCGCCAAAGCUUCAGUCACUCGGCACUAACAUCGAGGGAUUCGGAAUUGUUCGCCUGUGAGCAGUGCUCAGAACGCCAUGGAAAAGCAACCUCAAGAUAAGGAAAGCUCGGAUGGUCAGAAAAGCGAAGGGCUUCGCAAGGAACCUCGUGAGGGCUCUAAAGGCCCUUCUGAUUAUAUAAUCUCUCACAUUUUCAACUUAUAUGAAUCUCGUGCCACACCUCAUGAUUUUGAAAUCUAUGCUCCUGAUGCUACCUUUGAAGACCCACUCAUGUGUGCUCAUGGAGUGAAGCAGAUCAAAUCAGCAUUCUAUUCAAUUUCCAAGGUUUUCUUCAGUGAGUCCAGAAUUGUGGAGUACAGCAUCCAAGAAAACGCGAUUUCACCCCAAAAACAUGAGAUACUAAUAGACACAAAGCAACACUACAAGUUCAUGGGGAGGGAUAUAGAUAUGAUAUCGCUCAUCAAACUCUAUGUUGAAGAGGGGAAAGUUGUUCGCCACGAAGAUAGGUGGAACAAGAAGCCUCUUCAGAAUAGGGAGACCAUUAAGCUGCCACUGGCUGGUCGAGUUUUGGAAAUUGCUCGAAGGGGUUCAAUGCUGGUAACUCAUGCGUUGAUGAGGUUUGGGAAGGAUCCAACUGUGUAAAUAGCUUUUUUAAUUAGACCAGAUAUCAAUAAUAUUUGGCUUUCUCUUUCUUGCGUGAGCACAAUUGUGUGGAUGCAUCCACAUGUUUGUGUAUUUGGUCUCUUCGAUUGAUCAUUUGGAUGUAUUAGCCAAAUGGUGUCCAGGCAAAAAACUGUCCUUGAGAUUAUUCCGAUCAUUACAGGUCAUACUUUUAGUUGUAGUUACAGUGUGCAAAGUUCAUGUAUUAUAUAUGAGUACCAUUUUGUAUA